AAAAGUAGAUACAUACCUCCUCCACUCCUGUCUCUCUCUCUCCCUCUCUUUCUUCUCAGAUCUACUGGUAUUAUCGUGAAACCUGUGCUGGUUGCAUUUGCAUGUUACCUAUUAUUGGGUGGGGCAACAAGGAUAACAGAUCAUCGACUCCAUAAUUAAUUGAUCAAAUGGAAGCAAGCGAAGGUGUCUCCCUUAAGGAAGAAGAGCCAGCCAAUUUGGUAACUUCUUUGAGAGAGAAGUUGGACAGUUUGUCCUCUUUAUCCUCUCAGAGUUGUAUCUACAGGAUUCCUAAGCGACUACGCAAAUGGAAUAACGAAGCCUACACACCUCAUAUAGUCUCCAUCGGCCCUCUGCACCAUGGCAGUACAGAUUUGCAAGCCAUGGAAGAGCACAAACUGAGAUAUCUAAAGGACUUUCUUCUAUAUACCAAGGUGAGCUUGGAGGACUAUGUCAAACUCUUGAGGGAGAGGGAAGCAAGAAUUCGGAAUUCUUAUGAAGAAACUAUCAAACUUGGCAGCGAUGAGUUUUUGGAAAUGAUUCUAGUGGAUGCAGCCUUUGUCAUUGAGGUACUGUUUAAGUUCCAUUACAACCUAAUAAAUGACUCUGACCGUAUAUUUAGUAAACCAUGGCUGAUAAGUGACAUAUGGUAUGACAUAUUGUUGCUUGAAAAUCAGCUUCCUUUCUUCAUUUUGGAGGAUUUUUUUGUCAAGGCCAGAAUAAUUGUGCCUCCUGAACAAGAUGAGAGACAUUCCCUCAUUAGGCUUACCCAUAAUGUCUUUAAAAAUGCGGCAUUCUUGGGGGAAAUAGAACAACUUUGGACAAAAUUAUGUUCUUCUAAAAUAGAACAUUUUCUUCAUUUUGUACGAAUUUGUCACAUACCACAGGAACCCCCACCCAAAGGGAAACUUAUAACCCUUAGUGCACCUAAUGCAACACAGCUACAUCAAGCAGGAGUCAGGUUUAAGGUGGGAUCACCUAAAAACUUAUUUGACAUACAAUUCAAAAAUGGGAUAUUGGAAAUUUCAAAUAUUCGAAUACAUGAUGACACAGAGGCUUUUUUUCGAAACCUUAUUGCCUUUGAGCAAUGUCACAUGAGAGUUGAUUACAUCAGUGACUAUUUCAUUGUCCUUGAUCGCCUCAUUGACACUCCCAACGAUGUGGAAUUACUUGUUGAGUGUGGAAUUAUUGAAAAUUUGCUACCAAAUAGCCAAAUGGUGGUGACUCUCAUUAACAACCUUGUCUUUGGGACUGUUACCUCUACAUCAAAUUUCUAUUUUGCUAACCUUCUUGGAGAAUUGAAUGCAUACUGCAGUGUCCCUUGGCACAAAUGGAAGGCAACCUUGAAUGAAGAUUACUUCAGUACUCCAUGGGCUGUCAUUUCUGUUAGCGCAGCUACUGUACUUCUCAUACUCACUCUCAUUCAAACAGUGUGUUCUGUUAUCUCUCUGUAGGUUCUUUCAACCAUAGAAUGACAGAAUUUUCAUGUACAAGAUAGUAAUGGUCUGUGUUCUCAAGUAAUCCAAAUCGGUUUCUUUCAAAACCUAAA